AUGACUGCUCCGGACCCGCAACAACCAAGUCCCCUCUCGGCCCGCGAAGCCGAUUAUGAGCGCUUCAAGAACUACGCCGCCCUCACAUUUCUCGUCGCCUCGCCGGUGCUAAUCGCACUACCCCCCGCAAACUCGACCAUCUCACCCGCUUUCUGUAUCUCUGCAAACCAUGUCACCCGCGAGCGGACGGGCCGCAGCAUCGUCGAGCGCAUCGAAGCGCGGAUAGCCCGCCCGUCUAUUAUGCGGGAACUGCCCAGCGAGCGCGCGGAGGAAAUCCAGGCGCGCUUACGCGCAUCACGCGAUGCGCAGAUCCGCGAGGCUGAGGCCCUGGCGAAGGGUGGAUCUGUGAGCGAGGAACUGGAGAAGCUGAAGGCGCGCCAGGCGCAACAGCAGGGUGUUGCGCAGCGGGUAUGGAUGGGUGGGGAAUCGCCGGGGUGGAUGGAGGAGCGGCUGAAGAAGGAGCAGGAGGCCUUGGAGGAGGGGAAGGGGUAUGCCGAUUUGAUCUAUGAGCAUAUCUGGGAAGUCUGGAAUUGGGGCAAGAAGGAGGAGGAAAAUGACGAGUAG